CGGCGGCGGCAGCGGCUUCCGGUCGCGGCGGACACUUCCCUGGGAGGGACUGUCCCGUGGCACCCGGUGGAACCGAGGAGAACGUGGAGCGCCGGGAGCGGCGAAUAUGGACGACUACAGCCUGGAUGAGUUCCGUCGGCGCUGGCAGGAGGAGCUGGCGCAGGCCCAGGCGCCGAAGAAGCGGCGACGGCCCGAGGUUGCUGAGAGGCGGGCUCGGCGGCCGGAGGUGGGCUCCGGGCACGGCGAACAGGCCUCUGGGGACCCGACGCUAGCCCAGGGUCUCCUGGAGGGCGCGGGGAGGCCCCCGGCGGCGCGGGCGACUCGGGCCGAGGGGCAGGACGUGGCGAGCCGCUCACGUUCUCCUCUGGCCCGCGAGGGCGCCGGGGGCGGGGAGCAGCUGGUGGACCAGCUCAUCCGCGACCUGAAUGAAAUGAAUGAUGUGCCUUUCUUUGAUAUCCAACUGCCUUACGAAUUGGCAAUCAAUAUAUUUCAGUAUCUGGACAGGAAAGAACUAGGAAGAUGUGCACAGGUGAGCAAGACGUGGAAGGUGAUUGCAGAGGAUGAAGUGCUGUGGUACAGGCUGUGCCAGCAGGAAGGGCACCUUCCAGAUAGCAGCAUCUCUGACUAUUCUUGCUGGAAGCUCAUCUUCCAAGAGUGCCGAGCCAAGGAACACAUGUUACGAACCAACUGGAAGAAUCGCAAAGGUGCUGUGAGCGAGCUGGAGCAUGUUCCUGACGCAGUUUUGCGUGAUGUGCAUUCUCACGAUGGCGUGGUCAUUGCUGGAUAUACAUCAGGGGAUGUGAGAGUGUGGGACACCCGCACCUGGGACUACGUAGCCCCCUUCCUGGAAUCAGAGGACGAGGAGGAUGAGCCUGGAAUGCAGCCAAAUGUCUCCUUUGUGAGGAUAAACAGCUCGCUGGCAGUAGCAGCUUAUGAGGAUGGGUUUCUUAAUAUUUGGGAUUUAAGGACCGGAAAGUACCCUGUUCAUCGUUUUGAGCACGAUGCAAGAAUACAGGCACUAGCCCUCAGCCAGGACGAUGCAACCGUGGCCACAGCUUCUGCUUUUGAUGUCGUGAUGUUAUCCCCCAAUGAAGAGGGGUACUGGCAGAUAGCUGCGGAAUUUGAAGUUCCGAAACUGGUUCAGUACCUUGAAAUAGUUCCAGAAACCAGAAGGUACCCUGUGGCAGUAGCCGCUGCUGGAGAUCUGAUGUACCUGCUUAAAGCCGAAGACUCCGCCAGAACCCUCCUUUACGCCCACGGCCCGCCUGUCACAUGUCUAGACGUCUCGGCCAACCAAGUUGCUUUUGGUGUACAGGGUCUGGGAUGGGUGUACGAAGGAAGCAAGAUCUUGGUGUAUAGCCUGGAAGCAGGACGCCGCCUCUUGAAGCUGGGUAACGUUCUCCGUGACUUCACGUGUGUCAACCUCAGCGACAGCCCUCCCAACCUCAUGGUCAGUGGCAACACGGACGGGAGGGUGAGGAUCCAUGACCUCCGUAGCGGUAACAUCGCCCUGUCGCUCUCCGCCCAUCAGCUCAGGGUCUCUGCUGUGCAGAUGGAUGACUGGAAGAUCGUCAGUGGAGGCGAGGAAGGCCUGGUGUCCGUGUGGGAUUAUCGGACAAACCAGAAGCUGUGGGAGGUGUAUUCCGGACACCCUGUGCAGCACAUCUCAUUCAGCAGCCACAGCCUCAUCACGGCCAAUGUGCCUUACCAGACGGUGAUGCGAAACGCCGACCUGGACAGCUUCACUACUCACAGGAGACACCGGGGGCUGAUCCGCGCCUACGAGUUUGCGGUGGACCAGCUGGCCUUCCAGAGCCCUCUCCCUGUCUGUCGUUCAUCCUGUGACGCCAUGGCCACUCACUACUACGACCUCGCGCUGGCCUUUCCCUAUAACCACGUUUAGGGACGUGCCUCAGUUGGGAGCAAGGAGAAAAAUGGGAAGAACCAGUUUUAUCCAUCUUAAAACUCCAGGCAGCUCUGCACAGGUGGUAAACAUUUAGGGGAAGAAAGCAGCCCAAGGUGCCAUGCCUGACGGCACACAUCUCCCCGACCCCUGUACUUCCCCCGGCGCCUGGGGCAAGCUGGCAUGUGCCGGGGCUCGAGUCCCACAUGCUGCCAACUCACACAUAGCCUCCUUCCCCACCCAGCCAGCCACCCUGGCCUCAGCUCCCUCAGGACGCCUCAGGGAUCACGCUGCGUGGUCCUAUACGGUCUCUGCUUAGCCAGCUUCUCUGUGUCCGCCCUCCCAGCUCCAGCCCUGCAGGCCGCCUUUUCGGUCUCCAGCCCCUUACCUCUUUUCCUCUGAGGGCCUUUGGAUGUGCUUGUCCCUGGCCUCCAAGGCAAUAACCUCCAUGUCCUUUUCCCUGUAUUUACUUAGGGUGCUCUUCUGUGACAUUUGCCACCACCACCUUCCAGUAGCAAGCUGGUAGAGCCGUACUUUUUCUUCACAGCUUUUACCAUGGCUUAUAAUUAUAUACUUAUACAGUUUAGUCAUUGGUGACUAUUUUGCUUACUAUUGUGUCUGUGAUAUGUGAUACAAAGCAAAUAUUUUCUAAAUAUUCAUUGACUAAACAGCCAUCAAAAUGAAACAGGACAGGAGAGGACUGUUCAGUGUGAUACACAGCUGCCAUUUCCAAAGUAUUCUGGAAGCAAGCCAUUGCCUUACUCUUGAUUUUCAACAGUUCUAAACAGCAACAGCAUCCACCUAAUAUACCGUCAGAAUAUCAAAGCAAAAACUGACUGAACUACAAAGAGAAAUAAAAUCCAUUCUAACGGCAGGCAAAUCAGUGAGAAAAAUGUAAAGAUCUGGAGGAUUUACUUAAUAUCGCUAACAGGCUGGAUCCAGUAGAUGCGUUAUGGAAUUUCAAAUACACAUAGACCAUGCACAAAAAACCACCCUGUACGAAGGCCACAAAGAACAGCUCAGAUGCACAAAGAUUCACACCAUACAGGCCAAAUUAUAGAACCCCCCAACCGCGAGACACUGCACCCUAUGGGCUGUACCCUCAGGCAGGGCCCUGCUUUUCUAGGAAUUGACCCCAAUGCAGAAUAGUGAGAAAUCAACAAAAAGCAAAAUAAGACAAUUCCAGACACUCCUGAAUUUACUUGGAUUUAAAGAGGUUAAUAAAAACAAACUAUAAACUCUCUAGACUGGGCUGACAGUAAAAGCACACAAUACAAAACCCAGGGGAUGGGGCUGGGAGGGGCUGGGAGGGCCUGGCACCUCAGCUCAGAAAAGGGAGCAGCAAUCCCAAAGCAGCAGAAGGCAGGGGUUAAAUCAGGAUAAAAACAGACAUCAACAGAAUCAAAAACCAACAGUUAAUGUAAAGCCAAAAGCAGGUUUUGUUUUUUUUAGGUGGGGUCUCGCUCUGUCACCUAGAAUGGAGUGCAAUGGCCUGAUCUCGGCUCACUGCAACCUCUGCCUCCUGGGUUCAAGCAAUUCUCCUGCCUCAGCCUCCCGAGUAGCUGGGAUUACAGGCGUCCGCCACCACAACUGGCUAAUUUUUGUAUUUUUAGUAUAGACGGGUGAUUUUGCCAUGUUGGCCAGGCUGGUCUCAAACUUCUGACCUCAAAUGAUCCUCCUGCCUCGGCCUCCCAAAGUGCUGGGAUUACAGGUGUGAGUCACUGCACCCAGCCCAAAAGCAGUUUAAAAAAAAAAAAAAAAAGACAAAAUAUACAACUCUUGAUAAAACAAAAAGGUACAAUGGUCUGUGAGGAAGAGAAAAGGUACCUGAGGAUGCAGGAGAAGUACCUACCACAUGGGAACCGUUUGUCCACACUCAUCCCAGAGAAAACCGAGUCGUCCUCUCAGUUGCACACGUGUAUGUAUCAGCGGGAAGUGCUUGCCAUUACUCCAAAGCCUAGAACCUUCACGUCAUGAAGGUUCUGGAAGGUUUUUCAGAUUGCUUAAGAUACGCAGCCAUUCCAUAUUCAUCUCCAGCUACACAGGGGAAUGGAGCAGAUAGAGCUGCGACUGGGAAGCGUCACCUCCCCGUCCAGAGCGCUUUCUUUCAGACCCCGCCUUCCUGCGCGCAGAUGGACCGGAGGGUUUUCUGCUUCCUUUCAACCAGAUGACUUCCUAAGCGGAGAUGGCCUGUAGGUAGCAAAUGCAGGAUUUUGUUUACUUUCAUCAUGUCAUGUGGUGGUCAGACUGCUCGCUGGUGACCUCGCUUUAGAAGGUUUUCAUCAAGCCCCGCCCUUUCUCUCUCAUAGUCUUAAUGCAUCUGGACCACUGGGGAAAAUAUUUUUCUUUUCAAAAAGUAGCCCCUUCAGUCUGCGUUCCCAGUUCAUUUUGUAGGGGCAUUCGCCCUUCCUAGUUUGCAGCAAUUAAAGAUAACGGAGUGUAAAGUCAUUAGACCCAGAAUUAGAGCAGCCAGCAGCUGGUCCAGUAUAAAAAUGUCCCAAGUGUAGCCCCUCCCACUGCAGAGCCUGUUUGUAACGUACCUGCCAUUCGUGAAAGUUGCCUGGGUUUUGUAAAGGAGAAUUUUUUUGGACCCAAGCUGUGAUCUUCAAGCACGCCAACUUCAGGCAGCGUUUUCUGCUGCAAACCUCAACAUCCUGGAAUCAAUCACACUGACAGGGAAAGGAUAAAUGCUCCUUUAUAAGCCAACAUUUAUCCAAAUUAAGCCCCCUUACCUUUAUCCAGACCCUUUCACAAGUUCUGAGUUUUUAGCCAAUUGAUCCUCUACUUUCCUUCUUUAGUCCCUCUCAGGGACGCCUCCAUCCCCGGCUCCCCUAAAGGUAGAAGAUACUCGAGCAUGCUGCCUGGGGAGCUGGAUGGUGAAACACCAGAAGAUCUCAUGUCGCAUCUCAAAACACUGUCGGACUUGCUUUCUGCUUUAUGAUGUCCGUAGUUGUUCUAAUAUUAAAUGCUUUGAAUUUAUUUAUUGGUCAAGUUAUUUUAACUUGGGCAAGGCAUACAGUGAUAAUCCCCUGGCAUGCCACGGUUCCAGCUCUCUUCCCACCCCCUUGAAAUCUUACCUUCCACCGUGGUUGUUUUGUAAACCCACAGUCAAGUGGGUUGUCCCAGAAUCUCCCCUACAGGGGCUCCCAGCCCAGGAUCCAGGAGACCCGCAACAUGGUACAGUAACUCUUCACCAACCGUCAUCAAUAGGUUUUCUUAGAAACUGCAACUUUAAGCAAAAUGGGGUAUAAUGAAACUAAUUUUGGCUGGGCAGGGUGGCUCAGGCCUGUAAUCCCUGCACUUUGGGAGGCCGAGGCAGGCGGAUCACCUGAGGUCAGGAGCUCAAGACCAGCCUGGCCAACAUGGCAAAACCCCAUCUCUACUAAAAAUACAAAAAUUAGGCCUGGUGGCGCGUGCCUGUAAUCACAACUACUCGGGAGGCUGAGGCAGGAGAAUCGCUUGCGGUGAGCCGAGAUCGCACCACUGCACUCCAGCCUGGGCGACAGAGCAAGACUUCGUCUCAAAAAAAGAAAUGGCAACUUUAAGCAAAAUGAUGUAUAAUGAAACUAAUUUUACUAUAGGCUAAUGGAUGUAAACAAGAGUUAAGUUCCCACGGCAUAUUGCUGGCCAUAAAAACAUCACCAAACUUUAGAACUUCUUUAAAGCAAACACUUCUAAUAUUAAACAUUAAGUAGACAUGAGUUAUACAUACAUUUAAGAAAAAUUACUAAAAACAAGGUAAUUACCCAAUUUUUGGUGACUGGGUGCUGGCAGCUGCAGCGACGGUGAGUUAUAUCACAGAAUAAAUGUUCGCGAAGCAAAAAUUGUCAGGAGCACCUCCUUCCACCACGCAGGCCAGACACCAGAAUGAACGGGCUCACUGGGCACUUCUGCACGGCGUCAUCUACUAUUGUGCAUUUGUAUGGUUAUGGGAGGCAAUUUUUAUUUUACAGUAAUUUUUAUUCAUUCCUUCUUUCAUUUUCCAACUCAGUUAUUCCAGUUCAAGGUGGUGGGCGACCAGAGCCUAUCCCAACGGCUCAGUGUGCAAGGCAGGGACCACCCUGGACAGGAUGCCCUCCCAUCACAGGGCACACUCACCCUCCACACACACACUCAGACUGCAACCAGACACCAACAAACCUCACCUUGCACAUCUUUGGGGUGUGGGAGGAAACCAGAGUGCCCAGAAAACUCUCAGACCGGGAGGACGUCUAGACUGUACACAGUGGCCCCAGCCGGGAAUCAAUUUUUUUCUCAAUGUUAUAACAAAAUGACAUUGAAUAAAACGAUGCUAUUUAAGGA